GGGACGGUGGCGGACUUCACUAAUGUCUGCCUGCUUUUAGAAAGGUGCGUGUCCCCAGUGUCCGCUUCGGUCGCCCGGGUAGGAAUGCGCCUCUUGGCUUUGACGCUUGUUGAUUUUUUUGGGGAAGAAACAUUAGUGACAAAAGAGGUAUAAAUAGAGUCAUGGUCUGGAUUCGUUUUCGCCUGUGGUAUAUUGACGCGCAAGUUUGAUCCAUAAACGUUGAUUCACAGUUAGCGGGCUAGCUAGUCAGCUAAGUAAGGUAGCUUACUUGCUAGCCGUGGCUAUUUAGCUAGCUAGCUUUUGGUGUCGGCUAAACGAGUCUAGUAGGAGAUAAUCGGACUGAUUGUAGACAGCAGCCGGCAUUUUUGAGAGACCAGGGGGUGGCAAGCGGGCCGGGGGGUUGGGAGGAAAACCACGGGGGAGACGUGAGCCAGGAGCGGCCGAUGAGUUCGGAUCAGGGCGGAGAGCCGCCGCAGUUGCAGGAGGAGGCUGAUCCGGGACCGGAGACCUGCGUGGAGGACGAGACACCACUCGGGAUCGGGGGAGGGUCAGGCGGCAUGGUCACCUCCAAGGGCGCCGGUCUGAAUCCCAAUGCCAAGGUUUGGCAGGAGGUGGCAGUGACCCCUGCUGAGUCCAAUGUGGAGGGGCCCGAUGGAGCCCAGUGGUCCCAGGCUAACAUCACCGACGGUUAUUCUGAGCCUUUACCCUCUGGUAGUAAACUGUUCAGUGCUGCGUUCACGUCCUUGGAUGACGGUAGUUCCUUAGCCGCGGCUGAGAUUGCUGUGAAUGGCAUGGAUCCCCCAGAAGUGGGCUUCGUCCCCGCCGAAACCACUGGAUCCUCAGGGGAGGCCAAGCUGACCGAUGAGCUGCCCAUCUCCUCGGAGAACCUAAGAGAGUCCCUCAAGAAAGAGCUGGAGUUCUACUUCUCCAGGGAGAACCUGUCCAAGGACUUGUAUCUGAUGUCUCAGAUGGACAGUGACCAGUUUGUCCCCGUGUGGACCAUUGCCAGUAUGGAGAGCAUCAAGGCCCUCACCUCUGACAUGGAGCUCAUCCUGGAUGUACUUCGAUCCUCUCCGAUGGUACAAGUGGACGAGAAAGGGGAGAAGGUGCGUCCUAAUCACAAACGCUGCAUCAUCAUUCUGAGGGAGGUCCCUGAGACGACGCCCGUCGAGGAGGUGGAGUCUCUUUUUAAAAGUGACAGCUGUCCCAAGGUGAUUAGUGUGGAGUUUGCCCACAACAACAACUGGUACAUCACAUUCCAAUCCGACACAGAUGCUCAGCAGGCGCACAGAUAUUUAAGAGAGGAGGUGAAAACGUUUCAGGGAAAACCAAUCAUGGCGAGGAUAAAGGCCAUCAACACGUUCUUCGCUAAGAACGGCUACCGCGGCAUGGACAGCAGUGUGUACGCGGCCCAGCCGACUGCCCAGAACCAGAACCAGUCCCAGUACAGCCCCAGCCUGUACAUGCCCCAUGUGUACAGCCCCCAGCAGCAGUACCCCCUGUAUGGCAUCGUCCCGCAGACCUGGGCGCCCUCCCCGACGCCCUACUUCGAGACGCCGCUGGCACCGUUUCCCAACAGUGGGUUUGUGAAUGGAUUCAGUUCCCCUGGACACUACAAGAGUGGCAACAACUCCCUCAAUAUGACUCGUCCCUUCAACAGAAACCGUGUGCCACUCUAUUCAAGAAAGAAUGUAAUAAAUGCCUUCAGGAACCAUGUGAAGCCCCCGGGCGGGAGGCCUGGCGACGUGACCCCCACACCGGUGACCCCUGUGCCCCUGGAGAGCUUGACCGGCCUGCGGAGUCCCCAGCCCCCCCCUGCCACCACGGCUCCCGGUCCCCUACAGACCCAGACGCCUCCAGACGUGACCUCGGCCUUCCCACACCUCGCCACGCCCUCAGACCCCAAUGAUGACGGGAGCCUGGCAGGACGAGGAAGGAGGGGACCGUACAGAGGCACGAGACGAAGGAGAGAAGAUGAGCGCAUUACGAAACCGCUGCCCCUGGCCGAGGUAAAGGCCCCGCCACCCAAGUUUGACCUGGCCGCCACCAACUUCCCCCCGCUGCCGGGUUGCGUGAUCAGCACCCUGGGGGAGCCGGUCCUGGAGACCAGGAUGUCCGAUGUGGUACGAGGACUCAACCGAGACAAGACGGAACACGCCAGUAAGGAGUCCAACAAGGAGGUGAAUGUCCCCCCAGCUCACGAGGAGACCACGUCGGUCUCCAGUCCUGCUCUGCCUGCCGCCAAACCCGCCGUCCCCCCCUACGGGCCCCCCGCCCACAGCCCCGCCCCCCUGCCUCACGCCCCCGUCGCCAGCACACCACAUAUGGAGAAGAAGUGGGAGAAGACAGAGAGGCUGGCCGAGCCCCCAGCCCCCAAAGUGACCCCCUCCAGCGCGCCUGUUUCCUCCGGGCCCAACCCGGCAGGCCCGCCCUCCAUACAGCAAGCUGUGUCCGGACACAGACCCCAACAGACCCCAGUGUCCUGCACUCCGCCCCUGGCAGCCGCACAGACAACCCCGGCCUCCACCGUCACCACUACCCCGGCACCCCUGGAGCCCCGCAAGCUAAGCUAUGCCGAGGUGUGCCAGCGCGCCCCGCCUCCUGCCCCUCCAGCCCCCACCGCCUCCUCCACGCCUGGCCAGCCCCUGCGCGAGCUGCGUGUCAACAAGGCAGAGGAACCGGGCUCCGGCCCGGUGGACCCCCCCAGGGGUGACCGGCAGGACAAGGCCCAGGACAAGGAGCGGGACGGGGGCUGGGAGUGCAAGGAGAGCCGGCCCAGGGAACGCGAACACCGGGACGGGGGAUACUACCGCAACAACGGACCCCCCAGGCAGGGGGGCUCCGGGGGCCUCAAGUUUCGCGAACAAAGACGGGGUCCACCAGCGGCGCGGCGCAGCUCUCCACAAGGAGGGCCUGGACAUACUGGCAAAGAGCAGAACAUCCCCCCGGUUUCACCAAAGUAAAACUUCUGAUAUGAAUGAUGAAAACACACAAAAAAAGAAGUAUGAAAAAUAUAUACGUGGAUAUAUAAAUAUAUUACAAAAAAUGAAAUGCAUAUAAAAGCAACAACCUUAUCACAGUAGCCACCUCUCCUCCCAAUCUGACUCCUGGAUAGUCGUCCCAAUAACGAGAAGCUUUCUGAAGUGACAAUAAUGAAGUGAAGACGGAAGACAACCAGACGUCCAGGAGACAGGGGCCCAGUGAGAAACAUCUGACAGUGUAAACUUGUGUUUCAGAGAGGAAUUUCGAAAAGGAAAAAAAAAAAAACAUCUUAUUUAAGCCUCGUAACAAAUUAAUUGGUCAAAUUUAAAAUCAAUGAUUUUAAAAUGUGAUUUAUUUGGAGGCUGAUUCCUUUUCCUCUCCAUGAGGACAAGUGGGAUGCUGGGCCCUGUAUAAAGGGGGUCAACCAUUUCAUUUUAAACAAUAUAUGUUGCUCUGCAAAGAACAUAUGCACUAAAGAAGAAAAGGAACCUGCAUAUAUGUCAUAUACAGAGAGAUCACUAACAAUGUAACAACGAUGAAAACAUAUUUUCUCCCCCUUUUUUUUUUCCCCUGUGUGUAUGUUUGGCGAGGUUGAAUGGCUGAGAAGGUGGUUAGAUUGAUCGACGUGUCUGUUUAUGCAUUGAUUGUUGCUAAGCAAACUGAUUGGAAAAGAGUGCUACAGUUUAGUUUGUCUUGGCACUGAUUUACACGGAACAAACGAACAGCUGAUUGUGAUUCUAACGUUCUAGAAUCUGAAUCAAUUACCUGAAAUUAGGCAGUUAGAGGUGACCCUCUAAUGGUUACUUAUGAGAAAUUAAGAUAAUUUGAGCCUUGUUAAUGAUUGGCUCAUCUAGGUUACCAGUGAACUUUCAAAUAUUGGUAAUUAUCAAGCUACAGUUUUAUGUCUGUUUAGUUUUUUUCUCUUUUCUGUCCAGAGCCCUAUGUAUGAAUGUCAUAUAUAUAUGGCUGGUUUGUGGAAGGAAGGAAUGGUGAAAUUAGAAUUUUUUGGUUUUCUUUUAAGCUAAGAUCCACUUGUGGUGAGGCAACACGUGGCGGGUUCCGACUUCUCAGCGUGUUAGCCAAGAUGGCAGAAUCCUGGUCCAAAGCUGUUCAUUUUAAGUUGUUUCAUCUCUUGACAUCUUUAUUUCCUGAUAGGUCUGGAUUUUCCAUCUUCUAACAAAUUCAGAUCAUGCAUACUGAUAGUCAGUCAGGCUUUGUUUACAAUGUACUAUUCUCAGUGGGUUUGUAGCUUAGGCGAUAUGUUUUUUUUGGCGGGGGGGGGGGGGGCUAGGGAAUAGAUGCAUUGAAGUAACCUGGGUGUCAGUUGGCUUUUGCUCUCAUCUUAACUUUUUUUAUGGGAUUUUCUUAAAUUCACAUCAAUGGAGAUGACGAGAACAAACCGAUCUGGGACCGGUGUUAAGCUUGAUUCAGUCAAACCCGACUCUGUCUCGGUUAACAAGUUUACCUGAAUGGUUCUCGCAAGAUCUGGUUGAUUCUGCUCCACAUCAAGGCAGGACAUUCAGGUGAAGCUAACUAAUUUAACUUUGUGUAUUGUUAAAAAAAAAGGAAAAAAGUUGGUUUAGGAGUUUCCGAUUCAGAAAUAGUCUGUAGCGCCGUUAGCAGAGACAUUUGAUUUACCUAGCCUGUAUAAUCCAUUUGGCAGCCAAGUGAGGGGGGGGGGGGGCUUUAACAACAUCAGACCAUUUCCGUGUGCUAUGUUCCAGUUGCCUAUGAUCUUAGUUGAUUUGGUAGGGUUAAAGCUUUGGCCUAUCUUCCGAACGGCAACCUAUUCUGUAUAUAUUACACUGGUUUUGACCAGGGAUCUGGUCGGAGGUAGUAUCCUGAAUAUGCAAUAAGAUGCCCUUUGGAACAUUCUCUUGAGUCGGAAUGGCUCAGUGAGGUCGGUUAAGUGAUAUUUAAACUGAACAUGAAUAUGUGUAGUUGUAGUUGCCUAUGCUGUACCAUAUAACUUUUCACCAGAGGGGUGCGUGUGGGGGGAAUGUAUUUGUUCUCAGGCUGAACUUCCAGAGAAAAGGAGGCAUCCAUCUCCACCUCCACAGAUUGUUUUGUGCUUUCUUUAGGGUGAGUUUGCCGUUUAAAAUUUGACGAAAAACCAAGACAGAAAAUUGACGUAGGUAUUUGCAGUUUGGACUCACUGUACAUUAUUUGCUUUUUAAAUUUUAUUUAUUUUAAUCCUACUGUGCAACGCUUUUUUCCAAUCUUGGUAGGCUGGUUUCCCCAAAGUUGUGUGUGAAGUCUCAUUGGCAAAGAAUCACGCAUAAGACAACAUAUUUGUAUAUUGUUUGAGAUUUCAGCUGAAAGAAAUACUUGAUGCGUUGACUUUGGGUCUAGUAAUGCUGUUAUAAAUGAGUUAACCAAUCACAGAGGCUGUUUUUCAUUAUGUUCUGAGCAGCUAGUGAUCUAGUGUAAUGAAAUAAAUGCACUAACUUGUUUAAAAAAUAAUCUUACUGUUUAAGUAAUGUGAAAUCAUUUUAGAAGCAUAUGGUGAUGAUGAUGUUGAUAGGCUUGCGAAAAUCUACAGGAAUAGCGUUUUUUUUUUUCUCUCUCCAUGUUUUGGGUUAUUUUUCUGUUAAAAUUUUGGGUUCGGGUGGCGACAUGGUUAUAUAGCAAAGGAUCGAUUAAGUGUUUGAGACACUAAAUUCUAGAACUCUGUAUGAAAUGUCACCAAAAAAAAUAAAUUAUUUUGAUUUGG